CCAAGACCUGCCGGUGAACGUUUGAACCGUGACUUUUACUACGGUUUAGACGUAGUAGAACACUGACCUCUCCUCCAGCUUGGGGUCCCUGCCAGCGGUACUGGUACUACUGUACCUUGAAGUCGUGUUUGUCUCGAAGAAACUGUUCUUCUCACUGUAGUGCUCCGGUGGUCCAAAGCGACUGAAUCACAAACGUGCACUAUAACACUUAUGAAAUGGCUGAAGUGAUGGACCUAGCACACUAUCUGAUGCCUGGCACAGAUGAGGCAUUCUAUAUUCCUGACUUCGUCUCAGCGGAGGAAGAAGAGCUUCUCAUACGGAAGAUCCACGAAUCACCUCUCCCAAAGUGGAAGCAGCUGGCUAACCGACGACUGCAAAUAUGGGGGGGCGGCAUGACCGCCAAGGGAGUCCUCAUACCUGAGGAGAUGCCUUCGUUUGUCAAGCAAUAUCCAGACAUCAUCGGACGCAUCAAGGCUACCGGCGCAUUCCAGUUAUCACCGCAUGGGGCACCGAAUCAUGUCAUAAUGAACGAGUAUCUCCCAGGCCAAGGCAUAAUGCCACACGAAGACGGGCCCGCAUACCACCCAGUCGUGGCGACUCUUUCGCUAGGCUCCCACUCCCUCUUUCACUACUACCGCUACAAGCCGUCCUCAACCACCGAAUCCCCCGAUCCGACCGACCCGUCCGGCAACCAAGGGCGUGCAAUUGACCCCGAUCCCGUCUUCUCCGUCUUCCUCGAGCCCCGGAGUCUAGUCAUCACCCGCUCUUCGCUCUACCAAACUCACCUCCAUGGUAUUGACGGCGUCCACGCGGACGUCUUCCCCCUGCCCACGGACCUCAAGUCGGGCGGCGCCGCAUACAUCGCCAAUGUGGAGAUGCUCAAUAACGCGACGACGCGGGAGCUCGUGGCAAAUGGGGGGACGCUCGAGCGCGGGGCGAGGUACAGCCUGACGUGCAGGGACGUCGCGCGCGUCGCCAGUGGGCUGCCGGGCGUGAAACGGUAGCCGCUGAUCCUCUUCACCGCCAUAUUACCAGAGGCUGUCCUGUGCAAGAGCUUAAGCCUGCUAUAUGACUUUAUGUAGUUAGGCAGCAUGGGAACGGCAAAGUAUAUCUAAUGUCAGUGGAGCAUGGUGGGC